GACCCCUCACGGUUCACAGGGUGCUGCUGUCUGCUGCGCGCCCUGCCCCCGUCGCUGCCGCCGCUCGUGAUGGUGCUCCUCGCGCUGCUCCUCGCCGCCCCGGGCGUGCCCGCCCAGCAGCAGCAACAGCAGCAACGCCAGGUCCUGGCUGACCCUACGUCCUUGACCAGCCUGCACCCGACGGCGAGCUCAGGGUACCCCGGCGCACCUCUGUACACCGCCCCGUACCUGGGCUCUCUCCCCAGCGCGGACGGCUCCAGGUGGUCGGGCCUGGAGGAUCCGCCGUGCUCCGAGGGGCCGCCGCGCGCUGGCCGCGCCCGCCUCCAACCGUACCCGCGGCCGCAUGGGCUGCCCCUGGCCCCGGUGCUGCCGCCGCCGCGUACGGCCCUGGCCGUCGCGCCCUACCCCUACGCCUCCCCGCGCUCCGACGACCUCCUCGAGACCGACAUCUCGGAGGCGGCAGGCAAUCGCAGAGGCUACUACGGCCACGAAGUGGGCUACGGGUCGUACUUCCCCAUCGGCCUGGACCCGCUCACCAUCCUGGCGGGGCUGGCGUUCCUAGCCUUCAUCAUCCAGACACUGUACCUGCUCCUGUACAAGCACUACGGCGUGGGACUCGGCGGCCUGGGCGCCGGCCCUGCCAUCGGGCCGCUGUCCGCCGACCGGCACCAGCGCGACGAGCAGCAGGCCUGGGCCAACACCAUCGCCAGCCGCAUCGACUCGACGGCCAGCGUCUAUGAGGGGCACAGCAACGCGACCGCUGACUCCCGGCCUGGCGCGGGCGUGACGGUGCAGGACGGCGAACAACAGACCGACGACGAGGUCGACGCCGACGCCGCGAGACAGCGUCGGCAGAUGGGGCUCUCUCCACUCGACGCCCUCCUCGGCCUGCUGCGCCGCUCCUGGAGCGCCCCCGCACACAGCUGCGGGCCCAGCUGGCUGUGCAAGCUGGUAUACUUCGCGCGCAUGCUGACGGAGCACUUGCGGAGCCCGGGACGCAACCCGGGAAGGGCGACAACGCUGAAGUAGCGAGCUUCCACCGCGACAGCAAUAACGAACUAUGUAAAAACUGUACAAUAAAUUUAAAUUAUGUUGACAA